AUGGCGAGCGCGGCAGCAGAGCUGGCCCGGAGGAAGGCCCGGGAGGAGGACAGGAGCGGCAGCCGGACCAACGCCGUCCCCUUUAACGGGCAGGACUUCGAGCAGCUGCGUAACGAGUGUCUGCAGAGCGGCUCGCUGUUCUGCGACCCGACCUUCCCAGCAGCCUGGGACUCUCUGGGAUACAACCAGCUGGGACGCUACUCUUCCAAAACCAUCGGCGUGGAGUGGAAACGACCCACGGAGCUGUGUUCAGACCCACAGUUUAUUAUCGACGGAGCGAAGAGGACCGACAUCUGCCAGGGAGAGCUGGGUGACUGCUGGUUGCUGGCUGCCUUAGCCUCUCUGACUCUGGGCCCUCAGAUCCUCAGCAGGGUCGUUCCUGCCGGGCAGAACUUCAGCUCGCAGUACGCCGGCAUCUUCCACUUUCAGCUGUGGCAGUACGGCGAGUGGGUGGACGUGGUGGUGGACGACCAGCUGCCCACCAGAGACGGGAAGCUGCUGUUUGUCCACUCAGCCGAAGGGACGGAGUUCUGGAGCGCCCUGCUGGAGAAGGCCUACGCCAAGGUGAACAGCUCAUACGAGGCUCUGACUGGAGGUUCGAGUAUUGAAGGUUUUGAGGAUUUCACUGGAGGAAUCUCAGAGAGCUACGACCUGAAGAAAGCUCCGCCCUCACUGUUUCACAUCAUGAGGAAGGCUCUGAAGCUCGGCUCGCUGCUCGGCUGCUCCAUUGACGUAAACAUUCACACUUCAACACGUAAACAUUCACACACUUUAACAUGUAAACACGUACUCACUAUAACAUGUAAACAUUCAGAAAGUUUAACACAAAAACAUACUGACACGUAAACAUUCACCCACUAACACGUAAACAUUCACACACUAACACGUAAACAUUCACACAAUCCAACACUUGAACAUUCAUAAACUCUAACAUAUAAACAUUCACACACUGACACAUAAACAUUAACACACUAUAAACACACAAACAUUCACACACUCCAAUAGGUAAGCAUUCACACACUCCAAUAUGUAAACAGUCACACACUCCAAAACGUAAACAUUCACAUAAUUACACCAUUCAUGUACUGACAU